AUGGUUAGAAGGACCAGCACCGGCCGCCGGAAAAUUGAGAUCAAGAGGAUAGAAGAUGAACAAACCCGGCAAGUCACGUUCUCAAAGCGUAGAAAUGGCUUGUUCAAGAAGGCCAGUGAGCUUUCAACCCUAUGCGGCGCUCAAGUUGGAAUUUUGGUCUACUCUCCUGGUGGAAGGCCCUAUUCCUUUGGCCAACCUGGGUUUGAGGAGGUAUCGAAUCGAUUUAUCCCUCACAACUCCAUGAUGACUAGCCCAAACCCUAUAGGGGGGGCUCAGGACAAUGUGGUUGAGCAACAACUGAAUUGUCGCUGCAUGGAGAUCACGAGUCGACUCGAAGCUGCAAAGACUGAAGGUGCAAUGCUGAAGGAAAGACUUGAAAUAGCUCCAAAGGGGAAGGAGCAGGCUUUGGAGACUGACCUCGAAGGCUUCAGUAUGGAGGAGCUUGAAAUGUUGGUCAGCUCCUACAUGGAUUUGAAACUAAGGGCGGAUUCAAGAGCUUACAAGAUAAUGAGUGGAGGAGCUUGUUCAGUGGGUGGGCCUUUGCCCGUUAAUCCUGUCACUAUGGUUAACACUUGUGUGAGUAAUGAAUUCCAGGCCCAAUAUCCAACUGGUGGAUUCAUGGCUUAUGGUUGGCCUCAUGGAUUCAACUGA